AUGGAAGGCACAGUGGGUAAUGUGAUGCAUACGCCGUCGGUUUCUGAUCAGAAGAAGAAAAAGCAACACAACAUCAUGGAUCAGAAGAUGAACGAGUUUGAGUUCCGCCGACAAGCUGUCACGUCGAAGCUGCAGCGAAUACAGCUGGUACUUGCCAAGCCAGAGGAAAUCACAGUUCAUCACUUGGACACCUAUCUGCGACGAGUGGAUGCCUGCUAUGAUGAGUUCAACAUCCUACAGAACGAGAUUUAUGCUACGUUUCCUGAUCAACGAGUUCAGCAGGAGAAACAAUUCAUAGAAUUCGAGCAGCUCUAUGAAGGUAUUCGAGUGGCGAUUUGCUCUGCUGUGGAGGCAUAUCGAAUGCAACAAGUUGCUGCUGUUCGACCCCGGUUGGCCGAUGCCGCGGUUGCCGGCGAACAACAACCAGUGAUUGUUAAUCAACCGGGCGGACUACCAGCUGUCCCUCUACCAACCUUCGAUGGGACAUACGAAAGGUGGUUCAGAUUCAAACAGCUCUUCCAGGAUUUGAUGCAAAAACAUCCCGGAUUGUCUGACGCAACCAAAUUGCAUUACUUGACGCAGUCACUGAAGGGAAAGGCGGAGAACGUGAUCAGUGAGCAGAUACUGAAUGAAAACAAUUUACAAGCAGCCUGGAACUUGUUAGAAGAGAGGUUCGAGAAUAAAAGGACGAUCAUCGAUAUUCACGUUGGUGGUCUUCUCAACCUAAAGAAGAUGAAUAAGGAGUGUUCAUCAGACUUGAGGCAGCUUGUAGAGGAGUGCAGUCGUCACGUUGAGGCCUUGGAAUUCCACGAUCAACAUAUGGAGGGUAUGUCCGAGCAGCUGGUGGUUUCACUGUUGACGUCCAAGCUUGACAAGGCCACGUUGAGCCUCUGGGAAAGCACCAUCACACCAAAAGAACUGCCAGACUACACGGAAACCAUGCAAUUUCUGCGCAACCGUUGCUUUGUGCUUGAACGCUGCGAGGCAGGUACGUCACACCGAACGAAUGAGGGCGUAAAGCAGAAACCGCAACUAACUGCUCCGAAGCAACACGUCAGGGUGCACACAGCUUUACAAAUCAACGAGGGUGUAUGCGUAAUUUGUGAUGAGUCGCACAACAUCAACAAAUGCAGCGCGUUGAAGCAAAUGACGGUACCCGAGAGAAUUGCGAUGGUCAAAGAGAAGCAACUUUGUUUCAACUGCCUGAAGCGAGGCCACAGAGUGGGCCAGUGCAAGUCCAGGGUCUGUACGGUAGCUGGUUGCGGAAGAAAACACCAUACGCAGCUGCAUAGUGAGGUUCCAGUGCCGGCGGAGAAGGCUGCUGAAGGAAGUGUUCCGGAGACGAAGAAGGAACCGCCCACCCAACCCGAACAAACAACGUCAGCUGUCACCUGCACCAGUUUCACCGGAAAAUCUGUUCAACCGAACAAAAACGAAGUGAUUCUGUCGACGGCCGUAGUGCAAGUGAAGGAUACUCGUGGAUGCUACCGUUCUUGUCGAGUGUUGCUGGAUUCACGAUCCCAAUCCAACUUCAUGUCCGAAAAUUUCGUCAAAAUGCUUCGACUGAAGUUGGAUAACGUGCGAGUUCCCAUUGUUGGGAUCAAUGGUGAAAAGCUAACGGCAACACAGAGAACUGCAGCCGAAGUUAAAUCAUCCUGCAACGAAUCGUCGUGGAGUCUGGAGUUCCUGAUAGUGCCACAGGUUACUGGCGUUCUUCCGUUGCAGAAAAUUGAUGUGCGUCCAUGGAAUAUACCGCCCGACCUGAACCUAGCAGAUCCCCGUUUCAACAUUCCAGCUCGAGUAGACAUGUUGAUCGGGGCCGAAAUCUUUUUUGAACUACUGAUAACUGAACGCCUAAAGCUCGACAUCGGUCAACCUAUGCUAUGGCGAUCGGAGCUCGAUCCGACGCGUCCCGAGCUUCACCUGGCCACGUACUCCUCCAGCCUACCGAGCUCCUCCUUAGCAACCGAGCUACCAGACUCCUCCUGGCUCCAAGCAGACUCUGCUACCAGGCCCUGGCUCCAAGCUACGUCUGCUACUAAGAGGCUACCAAGCUCCUCCUGGCUCGAAGCGUCUUCCGCCUCAAGUACCUUCUGCCAUCCAGCUCCAUCGAUCAGCCAGCACCCUCUGCCUCUUGGAUCCAGCGCAGGUCCCACACGGCUAUCAAUCCUCAUCGAGUAUUGGUCCCCUCACCGCAUCUUGGUGUCUCAACGGAUAUUGGCACCAGGCCUCAUCGCAUCUUGA